AUGGCUUCAGCUACAGUUGCCAAGAGGUUGAGGGAGGAAGCCACCUGCCCCAUCUGCCUGGAGCUCAUGACUGAGCCCGUGAGCAUCAACUGUGGGCACAGCUACUGCCGUGUGUGCAUAGUGGGUUUUAUAAAGAACCAAAGCUCUCAAGCAUCAUCUCUGAAAUGUCCCCAGUGUCGGGGAUCUUUUAAAAGAGAUAGCAUCCGGCCCAACAGGCACCUGGCAAGUAUCACUGAAACCAUCAAGGAGACAGAGCGUGAAAGGUUGUGUGAGAAACAUGGAGAGAAGCUCCUCCUGUUCUGUGAAGAUGAUGGUCAGCUCAUCUGCUGGUGCUGUGAGCGGUCACCGCAGCACAAAGGACAUGUCACUGCUCUUGUUGAAGAUGCAUGCCAAGGUUACAGGGAAGAGCUCCAGAAAGCAGUCAGAAAACUGAAAGAAAUAGAGUCCAAAUAUUUGCAGCUGAAGCUAGACACAACCCAGAAAAUAAGUCGUUGGGAGGAGAAAAUAAAACACGAGGAAGAAAGAAUCCAUUCUGAAUUUAUGUGUCUUCACACAUUCCUGCAUGAGGAAGAGGAGUUUUAUAUGCGUCAACUGAAGGAAGAAAAAGAGCAGAAGCUGAGCAUACUGCAGAACAAUGUAGUCCAUCUAGACAAAAAAUUGCAGGAACUCAAGAACAGUAUCCUGGAACUGGAUGAGAAAUGUCAGGGCUCAGCACAGAAUUUGCUGCAGGAUAUAAAAGACACCUUGAGCAGGAACUCAGCUAUCAAUCUGGAAAAACCAGAGGAUGUUUCUGUGGAGGUGCAUACUGUGUGCAAUGUCUCUGAGCUUUACUUUAGUGUCAGAAAAAUGUUAAAGCGCUAUCAAGUCAAUGUGAUUCUGGAUCCACAUACUGCUCAUGGCGACUUACGUCUGUCUGAUAAUCAGAUAAGUGUGAGUAAUUUUUUACCACUUUUACAUGCAAUUUAUAAGAUCUUUCAAAUUCCUGGAGAAGUUACUGUCUUACCCUCUGUCCUGGGCUGUGAGCGCUUCACCUCAGGAAGACAUUACUUUGAAGUGGAGGUUCGAAAAGGAGCCAACUGGGGUGUAGGAGUUUGUCUGGAAAAUGUGUCAAGGGACACACCGAAGCCUACAUCUGGAUUCUGGAUUUUCACUCGGAGAUAUGGUGAAAAUUUCGCCCUUUCUUCCGAAGCCAUUACCCUUACACUGAGGCACCAGCCUGAAGUAGUAGGGAUUAUGCUCGACUAUGAGGCUGGGCUUGUGUCCUUCUACAAUGCCACUACUGAUUCCCACAUCUACACCUUCCCCAAGGCCUCCUUCUCUCAGGCUCUCAGACCUUAUUUCCAGGUUCAUGGGUUUUCUUCUUUGUCCCUGAUUUCAUCAAAUGAGUAAGAAAAAAAGAAAAGUCUCAUUUUACUUAAACCAGUCUGGGAAAUAAUUUGCAAAUCUAGGUGGGAACAAAAAUUUGAUCUAAUUUUUUCCUAGCUGUUUCCCCCAGACCUAAAAUAUUACCUUAAACAUUUGUAAUGCAUAAAAGUGUAUUGAAGUAAUGUAUAUUCAGACUGUAACACAAAAGAUACUAAGUGUACACUAUUGUG